AGUAUGAGGUUCGCACUCUUCACCGUCGCCUUGGCGGCAUCAGCGACGGCCAACGUCUUCAGCAAUACCGCAUACAACAAGUGGCACGAGACGGAGCUUGAGCGCUGGCUCUCCGACCACAACAUCCCCUACCCGGCACCCGCCGACCGCAAGGACCUGCAGGACCUUGUGCAGAAGAACUGGGAUGACAAUGUCGCCAAGCCGUACAACAGCUGGGACACCAACCAGCUGUCCAACUACAUUACCUCGCAGGGCCAGCAGGUGAUGAAGGGCACGGAGAAGAACAAGGACAGCCUCCUCUCCCAAGUCCAGAAGUACUGGAAGGAGACGUCGGACAGCGCCAAUGAUGCGUAUGGAAACGUGGCCAACUGGAUCUUUGAUUCCUGGACCGACUCCCAGCUCAAGGCUUUCCUUGACUACCACCACAUCCCGAACCCGACCCCGAACACUCGCGACUCGCUCCUCUCCACGGCUCGCUCCAACUACCAGUCUGCUGCCGACAAGGCCGGCGAGACCUUCAACUACCCUGGUGACUGGCUUUACCAAUCCUGGUCUGACUCCGACCUGAAGCAAUGGCUCGACGAGCGUGGCGUCCCAGUCCCGCAACCGAGCAGCCGCGACAAGAUGAUCGCUUCCAUUCGCCGCAACUCCAGGACCGCUUCCGAGGAGGCCUCUGCCCGCUACUCCUCCAUGUCCGCAUCCGCCCAUGGCGCGCAGCAGUCUUUGACCAACCAGCUGUUGGACUCCUGGAGCGACAGCCAGAUCAAGGAGUGGUGUGACAAGAACGGCGUCAAGGUCCCGCAAGGCAGCAAGCGCAAUGAGCUUGUUGCUCUCGCCCGCAAGAAGUACUCCGAGAUGUCCGGUGACAAUGUCGCCUCCUCGGCUUCCGGCUACUUCGGUGCCGCCACCUCGUCUGCCGGCAACACCUUCGCCCAAGCAACCCAGGACGCCUACGGCCAGUUCCGCGGCUAUUACGACUACGUCAUGAACCAGCUUGGCAUGGCUUCCUCCCAGGCCAAGGCCAGCUUGAGCUCUGCCUCUUCCGUCGCCAGCUCCUCGGCCUACAGCCUGUCCUCUGCUGCCUCCUCCGCCGCCGCCUCAGCCAGCAAGCAGGCAUCCAAGAGCGGUGUAAACGCGGCCGCCGCGGCCAGCUCCGCAGCCAGCUCGGUCAGCGCCAAGGCUGAGUUGUAAAGCAUCUCCCCGACCAAUACGCGACUGAACGGCAACUGGCUAGGAUGAAGCUCACGCUUCGUCUCCGGAGCCAUAACAACAGUAUGACCCACGAUAUCAGUAUGAGGUUAAGUUCUGAAAGCUGCGGAUCGA